UCCCUCCAAACAUUCAUAAACUUCUUCUUCCUUAUAUUCCCACAAUUCUUCUACUCCCAUUUCCCAUUGACCAUCUCUCUUAGGGUCUUUACUCUUUUACCAUUCUCAUUUUAGUUAUCGACUACGUAAUCAAAUCAAACACACAGUAAUAUAAACCGCUGGAUCUGAGUUUUCCGUUGCAUAUUCGCCGUUUCUCCCUAUCCUGGAUACAGAUUUGCGAUUUGGAUCUGAGAAGAGAAUGGAUCGAGAAAAUGGCGACGGCGACAUUGAAGGCGGUGGUGGCGCCGACGACGGUGGUUUUCGCUCUCCGAUUGGUCGCAAGUACCACCCUGUCUUGGCCAACGAUCGCGCGGUGCUCGAAAUGUCCUCCAUGGAUCAGGGACCUUCUUCUUCCUCUUCCGCAUUUCCAGAUCAGCAUCCUAAUAUCAGAAAAGUAAAUACAAGUGUGAAUGGUAGUUCGGAUGCUAAAGAAGAGAACCCUUCUCAUGAAAACCAACCUAAUGGAUCCCUGCAGCAGGAAUCUAAACUGGAAUUGUUUGGUUUUGAUUCUCUUGUCAACAUUCUUGGUCUCAAAAGUAUGACUGGUGAGCAUGUUGCACAACCAUCUAGUCCUAGAGAUGGUGAGGAUAUUUCCAUCACAGCUGGCUUGCCAAAGCCUGCUGCUCCUAAACUGGGUACGCUGAUGGGUGUGUUUAUUCCAUGUUUACAAAGCAUUUUGGGCAUCAUCUACUACAUUCGUUUCUCUUGGAUUGUUGGUAUGGCUGGCAUAGGAGAGACAUUGCUGCUUGUUUCUUUAUGUGGCACUUGUACAUUCCUUACUUCAAUAUCAUUGAGUGCUAUUGCAACCAAUGGAGCCAUGAAGGGUGGGGGACCUUACUAUCUCAUAGGCCGUGCCCUUGGUCCUGAAGUUGGAGUUAGCAUUGGUCUAUGCUUUUUCCUGGGAAAUGCUGUUGCCGGAGCACUUUAUAUAUUGGGAGCUGUAGAAACAUUUUUGAAAGCAGUUCCUUCUGCUGGGAUUUUUAGAGAGACUAUCACUCAAGUUAAUGGUACUGCAAUUGCACGACCAAUACAGAGUCCAAGUUCACAUGACCUGCAGAUAUAUGGGAUUGUUUUGACUAUUCUGUUAUGCUUUAUUGUAUUUGGAGGAGUGAAGAUGAUAAAUCGGGUUGCACCUGCUUUUCUCAUACCUGUUUUAUUCUCAGUCGUCUGCAUAUUUUUGGGAAUAUUUUUGGCAGGGAAGGAUCAUCCUUCAGAGGGAAUUACUGGGUUGAGUUCGGAUACAUUUAAAGAAAAUUGGAGUUCAGAUUAUCAAAGGACUAACAAUGCUGGAAUUCCAGAAACUGAUGGCUCGGUAACCUGGAAUUUCAAUUCAUUGGUAGGCCUCUUUUUCCCUGCUGUAACGGGAAUAAUGGCAGGCUCUAAUCGAUCAUCCUCUCUGAGAGAUACUCAGCGAUCAAUUCCUGUUGGAACUUUAGCUGCAACUCUUACAACUACUUUUCUGUAUCUUGUUUCUUUGAUGUUAUUUGGCGCUGUUGCCACCAGAGAGAAGCUUUUAACUGACAGGCUACUUACAGCUACAAUUGCCUGGCCUUUUCCUUCAUUAAUUAAAAUUGGAAUUAUUCUUUCAACUAUGGGUGCUGCUCUUCAGAGCCUGACUGGUGCCCCACGUCUGCUUGCAGCAAUAGCCAAUGAUGAUAUUUUACCUAUUUUGAACUACUUUAAAGUUGGAGAUGCCAGUGAACCACAUGUUGCUACCUUUUUUACUGCUUUCUUAUGCAUUGGGUGUGUCGUUAUUGGGAAUCUGGAUCUUAUCACUCCAACUGUAACUAUGUUUUUCCUUCUAUGUUACACUGGUGUCAACUUAUCCUGCUUCCUUCUCGAUCUUCUAGAUGCCCCUAGUUGGCGUCCUCGGUGGAAAUUUCACCAUUGGAGUCUGUCCCUUGUGGGAGCAUUACUUUGCAUAGUGAUCAUGUUCCUAAUCUCUUGGUCAUUCACUGUGGUGUCUUUGCUCCUUGCAAGCCUCAUAUAUAAGUACGUGAGCAUUCAAGGAAAGGCUGGGGACUGGGGAGAUGGUUUCAAAAGUGCUUAUUUCCAACUAGCACUUCGUAGCCUUCGGUCCCUAGGAGCAAGCCAAGUGCACCCGAAGAAUUGGUAUCCAAUUCCACUUGUAUUUUGCCGACCCUGGGGCAAACUGCCAGAAAAUGUUCCCUGUCAUCCCAAACUUGCAGAUUUUGCUAACUGUAUGAAGAAGAAAGGUCGAGGAAUGUCCAUAUUUGUCUCUAUACUAGAUGGGGAUUACCAUGAAUGUGCUGAAGAUGCCAAGACUGCUUGCAAACAACUUAGCACCUACAUAGAUUACAAAAAUUGUGAAGGUGUGGCUGAGAUAGUUGUUGCCCCUAACAUGUCUGAAGGCUUCCGUGGCAUAAUUCAGACAAUGGGCCUUGGCAAUCUCAAGCCGAACAUUGUGGUGAUGCGUUACCCAGAAAUUUGGCGGAGGGAAAACUUGAUAGAAAUCCCUGCUACCUUUGUUGGGAUAAUUAAUGAUUGCAUUGUUGCAAACAAGGCUGUGGUUAUAGUUAAGGGUCUUGAUGAGUGGCCAAAUGAGUACCAGAGGCAGUAUGGCACAAUUGAUUUGUAUUGGAUUGUAAGAGAUGGUGGUCUCAUGCUGCUUCUUUCUCAGCUCCUUCUUACCAAGGAGAGCUUUGAGAAUUGCAAGAUUCAGGUCUUUUGUAUCGCAGAAGACGAUGCAGAUGCUGAGGGGCUGAAAGCUGAUGUGAAAAAAUUCCUUUACGAUCUUCGGAUGCAAGCGGAAGUCUUUGUCAUAACAAUGAAAUGGGAUGCACAGAUGGAUGGUGGUAGCGGGUCCCCGGCACAAGAUGAGUCAAUGGAUGCAUUUACUAGUGCUCAACAAAGAAUUGAUAAUUACUUAACCCAAAUGAAGGCGACAGCAGAGAGAGAAGGUACUCCUCUAAUGGCAGAUGGCAAGCCCGUGGUUGUGAAUGAGAAGCAGGUUGAGAAGUUUCUUUACACGACGCUUAAGCUCAAUUCGACAAUUUUGAGAUACUCGAGAAUGGCUGCUGUUGUGUUGGUGAGUCUUCCUCCACCUCCAGUGAGCCACCCAGCAUAUUUCUAUAUGGAGUACAUGGAUCUGUUGCUGGAGAAAAUACCAAGGAUUUUGAUUGUAAGAGGAUAUCGUAAAGACGUUGUAACUCUAUUUACAUAGUUUUUAAGUGGAUUCUAGGACACUAAUCACAUUUCUCCCUCACUGUUUAUAUUUUUGUAGCUUAAGUGCUAGUGGUUCAUUCUUUGUACCAAUUUUCAUGCGCAAGAGGGUCUUUUGUAUCCACCAGAUUUUAUAGGAAAAUAUGAAAUUAUUUUCAAUUUAUAAUUUCGUUGUAAUUAAUUUCGUAUCAGAUGACAAAUAAUGCCUAUUUAACAUUUGGAACGGCUUGAAAAUAAUUCCACACUUGGCAUCUCAAUUUA